AUGGGACGAGCAGCGAGAUGGUUUAAGAGAUUGUUUGGAACCAAGAAGAGCCUCGUUUCGGAUUCAGAGAAAGAACAGAACAAGCAAGCAAUUGCUGUUGCGACCACAACCGCUACAACUAAAGAAGCAGCGGCUGACUCAGUGGUUACAGGAGAUAUCAUUGUGAGGGACGAGCGUUGGGCCGUUGUGACAAUUCAAAAAGUCUUCAGGGGCUCUUUGGCGAGGAAAGCUUUACGUGCAUUGAAAGGUAUAGUAAAGCUACAAGCUCUGGUGAGAGGAUACUUGGUCAGGAAACGCGCUGCUGUGAUGCUGCACAACAUGCAAACUUUGCUUAGAGUUCAAACCGUUAUGCGGUCUAAACGCAAUCGCCGCCUCAACAAAGAGUACAACAACAUGUUACAACCACGACAUUCCUUUGACGAAGUAACGGACGCUGAGAGCCGUACGAAGGUUGUUGAGAUCCAUGACGCAUUCAAGAGGAGAUCUAAGUCUAGACAAAAGCACAAUGUUGCUACAAUGGCUGAACAUGAAGACGGUUUUGUUUACCAAAGGAAUGAUUUGGAGUUGAAUCUACCCAAGGAGAAGUGGAAGUUUGCUAGGACGCCUAGAUUAUCAUCAUCCUUGCACAACCACACGGGUAAUAAUCGCUACUAUGUUAUGCAGUCUCCUUGUGGAAACUCUUCGUCUGAGUAUGGAAUGAGUACCCCUGGCUACAUGGAGAAAACGCAGUCGUUUAAGGCGAAGGUGCGUUCGCAUAGCGCCCCGCAUCAGCGGUCUGAGAGGAUGCGGUUGUCGCUAGAUGAGGUUAUAGCGUCUGGCAGUAGCGUUAGCGGCGAGAGUUUGCUGCAUCAGCAGCAGCAACGCUAUUCUUGUUCCUAAUCCGCUCUGAUUUUUAUUUCUGAAAAUCUCUUUAUGUUUUCAAAACGUUCUUUUCAUGAUUCUUUUCGACAGUUAUUUAUUUAUUUUGGUCAAAAACAACACUUAUUUAUUUAUUAAAAAUUAGGAGAAAU